AUGAAAUUGGCAUUAUCAUGGUGUUUACCUAAAAUCUUUAUCGUUUGUAGCAUUCACAGACCUCAUGUGAAGCUGUUUUGCUGCCAACCAAAAUUACACAGGCCUUUAAAAUUUCCAAUCAUCAUCUAUUUAUGGAUUAACGAAUUAGGUUUGCCCUGCGGUACAAAUCCUCACGGAUAUUAA